AUGGUUUUAUCACAGUCCUCAAUUAAGAAACGGCUGAGACAACGAAGAAAUGAGUGUAACUCAUCUUCUCAAACACUGAAUAUACGAAAUAGACGUGAUGAUAAAAUAGAAAAUGGAAGAAACUGUAACAAUUCACCAACCAUUCCAUUUGUGCCAUCUAUUGUACAAGUUAAAGACGAUAUAGAAAAUCGCAACAGACUAUCCAAUAGAGAAUUGGUUGUUGUGCUAAAGAGACAUCCUCUAAUUAAAUCCACGGCCGUAGUAUUGAAUUCCCAAGAAGCAGGAUUUGAAAAAAGAGCUUAUAUAAAUCGAGCAAAACAAUUAAAAGUAGUUUUGCAACGAAAUUUCUGGGAUUUAAUAGACAAAUUCGUCUGUCCACCAAAUUUUCGACCAGUUUCUAUUUCGACACCAGAUUUUCAAAUGAGAAAUUUGACAGUGAGAUUGGAGAAGAAUGCUACUAUAACAGAUAUGGUUAUUUUUCGACAAUUGAAAAUAAACAGAAUGAGAAGUCUCAGAAUCUCAUUGCCAUCGUCUCAACUAAAAUACGAUGAAUUGGAAACUCCAAAUAACCCUAUAAUCCCAUGGCCAGACACACCAUCCCCUUCAAUAAUAAGUUCAAUGACGUCAACAACAAACAGAACUCAAAAUCAACAAUUACCAGCUACUGAAACAAGACACAGGCGCCGUAGACACGCAGAAGUUCCACAUCGUAUCACGUAUAGAAACGCCAUUACCAUAGAACAAGACGAAUUGGAGACACUUUGCACCCGACCAAACUAUUGUGGGACAUUGACUGAAUUAUGUCCUUUUUGUGGAGCCUUAUUUUUUACAAGAGAAAAAACGACCAGAGAUAACGAAUAUACUGGCUGCUGCAAUAGAGGAGCUUUUACAAUACCAGCUCUGAGUGCAUGUCCUCCCACGUUAAAAGAUUUAUACGUAGGAGAUGGUCCUUUGGCUUCUCAAUUCAGAUCCCAAAUAAGACUGAUCAAUAGUCUAUUUGCAGUGGCAUCCUUUAAAACAUCGAGACCGAUACCAGAGAGAAGGGGACAGGGUCAUUGGUGUUUCACCAUAUGCGGUCAAAUAUACCAUUUCAUAAGCGGUAUACCCAAUUCACAGGAUAAGGAGAACAUCCAACUGAACGAGAUUUAUUUUUUGGACGUAGAAGAAGCUUUGGCCCGAAGAAAUGCUUUUGCUGAUGAUAGAGUCGAUCCAGCAUUAAUGAGAUUGAUGGAAUCUAUUCUGAGAACACAUAAUAGAUAUAUAAAAGCUUAUAAAACUAUGGGAGAUGAAAUCCGACAAGGGAAAACACAAAAUUUGGAGGUGGAAAAUAUAAUAAUAGGAAUGACAAAAGAACCGGUCAUAAAUAUUUUAGGUGCCCAACAAAAUCAGAAUUGGAGACCUGGACAGAGCGAUAUUGCAGCAAUAUUCGAGGGAUCAGAACCUCCAAUGAAGGUUGAUUUGGUCGUCUAUCCCCAUAAGCCUGACGAUCCUGAUCCGAUAAAUCGACAUCAACAAUUGAAGCUCCUCAAUCCUUUAGCCGACCCGAUGGUGUAUCCUCUAUUAUUCCCAUGCGGCGAUAAUGGCUAUUCCACCGGAAUGAAAUACAACAUCAGAAGAGGCAGAACUUCUGGAAAAACUGUAACCAUUCUCCAAUACUAUCGAUUUAGGCUCUACGUCCGAGAUGUAUUUUCUUCCAUUCACAACGGUGGUAAAUUGUUCCAGCAGUAUAUUGUAGAUGGCUGGGUAAAACACGAAAUGAGUAGGCUGUGGUGGUUAAGACAGAAUCAAAAUGAAUUCAGGAGAACAGCAGAAGAAACUCUACGAAGAUUUAAUCAGAACAGACAGAAUGGGCAUGUUGGUCGAGCUAUCAUCUUACCUUCCGGAUUUCCAGGCGGUGACAGAUACCGUCAAAGGCAGUAUCUAGAUGCAAUGACUGUCGUAGUUAGAUUUGGAAAACCUGAUCUUUUCAUAACCUUCACGUGCAAUCCGAACUGGCCCGAAAUCAAAAACAACCUCUUUAAACAUCAGAAAUGGGAAAAUCGACCAGAUUUGAUUUGUAGAGUUUUUCAAAUGAAACUGCUGGAAUUCAUUAACGACAUCGUUCGAGAUCAACUAUAUGGUGUCGUCAUCAAUAACCAAUAUGUAAUUGAAUUCCAAAAGAGGGGUCUACCACACGCCCAUAUCGUCGUCACAUUCCAUGAAGAUGACAAAUUGAAGGAUGUUGAAAUGGUCGACCGAAUCAUCAAUGCCUAUAUUCCAGAUAGAGAAAAUCAACCCCUACUCUAUCAGCGAGUUGCGGAUUUUCAUCUGCACCCUCCAUGUGGCCGCAUCAAUCCGGAAGCUCCCUGUAUGGCAGAUGGUAAAUGUACCAAGUAUUACCCUAAAUCAUUCAGAGAAAAGACCUCAUUAUCUGUUGGUCGUAAUACGAGACCUGAAUAUAGAAGACCUGCCGAUGGCGGAGAGAUUUUUGUAGCUAAGUGGAACCGCCUCAUCACAAAUCGGAGAGUGGUACCUUAUAAUCCUUAUGCUUUGGCCAAAUAUCAAUGCCAUAUUAACUUUGAAGCCGUAGGUUCCCUACAAACCAUCAAAUAUCUGCAUAAAUAUAUCAAUAAAGGGCCAGAUAAUAUUACUCUCUAUGUAGAUGAGGAAAACACGAAUACAAGAGAGGGUCAACGCAUCGAUGAGAUACAACAAUACAUCGAUAGCAGAUAUCACGUAUGUUCCGUACGGAGUAGACGUGUGUUUUUCCGCUCCCUUUAUUUAGUAAACAAAGAGUAG